AUGCAUACUCGAAUUUCUCUACCAUACUGCGUAUCUACCAGCUGCGAUGAUGAAGAAGAAGAAGAUGACGGCGACUGGUCAACCUUGCUCUCUCUGGGCCCACCUGGCCAACAGCUACACCACCGCAGCCAGCAAAACCACCACCACCAUAGCUUCAAGCAGCGGCGCCAAGGCCAGAGCCAGAACCUGCAGAGAAACCCUAAUAGUAGUGGCGGCGGCGGUGGAGGUCAAAAUGGUGUGACGGUGGCUCUUCAUAUUGGGCCUCCGCCGAGUAGUACAGAAUCUGCAUCACCUUCAGCGGCGGCGGCCGUAGCAAAAGAAAACCCUAGCAGUGGCGUCGGAGUGGGACACUUAGGGCAAUAUUGGAUUCCAACCCCAUCUCAAAUCCUUGUCGGCCCUACCCAGUUUUCUUGUUCUGUUUGCACCAAAACUUUCAACAGAUACAACAACAUGCAGAUGCAUAUGUGGGGGCACGGAUCGGAAUACCGAAAAGGGCCGGAAUCUCUUCGGGGCACAAAGCCGGCUUCGUCAAUUCUGAGGCUGCCGUGUUACUGCUGCGCGGAGGGUUGUAAGAACAACAUAGAGCAUCCGAGAUCGAAGCCGUUGAAGGAUUUCCGGACACUACAGACGCACUACAAACGCAAGCACGGGGCGAAGCCGUUCGAGUGCCGCAAGUGCAGCAAGCCGUUCGCCGUGCGCGGCGAUUGGCGGACGCACGAGAAGAACUGCGGGAAGCUGUGGUUCUGCAUCUGCGGCUCCGAUUUCAAGCACAAGAGAUCGUUGAAGGACCACGUGCGCGCGUUCGGGCAGGGGCAUGCACCCCACACUGAGAAUUUGUACACCUCCUCGUACGGUGCUGUUCAAUAUGGUCGUCGUGGUGUUCAAGUGGCAGGUGAGUUGGAUGAUGAUGAAGAUGAAGAAGAUGAUGAUGAAGAAGGAACUGGUACUGAUUAG